AUAAUCCUAAGCUCCGGCACCGGCAGAGAAAACCAAAGUGUGAAUAAAAAAAAAAGGAAAAAUGGUGAAGUUGGCUUUGGGCUCACCCGGUGAUUCUUUCAGCGUGGCUUCUCUGAAAGCAUAUCUGUCUGAGUUCAUCGCCACCCUCCUCUUCGUCUUCGCCGGCGUCGGCUCCGCCAUCGCCUACGGCAAGCUGACGUCGGACGCGGCGUUGGAUCCGCCGGGUCUGGUGGCGGUGGCGGUGGCUCAUGCAUUCGCGCUCUUCGUCGGAGUGUCUAUGGCGGCCAACAUCUCCGGUGGCCACCUCAACCCGGCGGUGACUUUCGGGUUGGCCAUCGGCGGCAACAUCACCAUCUUGACCGGCCUCUUCUACUGGAUUGCCCAGUCACUUGGCUCCAUUGUCGCCUGCCUCCUCCUCCAAUUUGUUACCAACGGCAAGAGUAUUCCGACCCACGGCGUGGCGGCGGGACUGGGAGCCAUUGAAGGUCUGGUGUUCGAGAUAAUAAUCACCUUCGGUCUGGUGUACACAGUUUACG